AUGGAGUCGAUACCAUCAAGGUACCUCGGCACUGCUGAGCUCAACGCCGCCGCCCUCGAGACCUUUAUCUACAAGAGAGUCGACAAGGAAAUGAUCAGGUACCUCGCCAACGCCGCUUCCGGCGUCAUCACGUGCGACCCAACCAUGAUGGUACCACCCGUCCAAGAAACCAGAACCAGAUACCCCUCCCCACCCAGGACACCACCGCCAAGAGCGGUCCGCAGCGAAGACAGCACCUUGCCCACCCUGGAGGAGUUCAUCACCCAGCUCGUCAUCACCUCCAACGUCCAGGUGCCGACCCUCAUGUCCACCCUCGUCUACCUCAACCGGCUCCGGUCCCGGCUCCAACCCAUGGCCAAGGGACUCCGCUGCACCACUCACCGCAUCUUCCUAGCUGCUCUCAUCCUCGCGGCCAAGUACCUCAACGACAGCUCCCCCAAGAACAAGCACUGGGCUAGCUACAGCUACAUCACCACCCAGGUGUACAACUUUGGCUUUUCGAGAACCGAGGUCAACCUGAUGGAGAAGCAGCUCUUGUUUUUGCUCGAUUGGGAUUUGAGGAUCACCGAGGAGGAUUUGUACAGGGAAUUAGACCACUUCCUUGCGCCGAUCAAGUAUGACAUUGAGGCCCGCCACGCGAGGGAGGUGCGCCACGCUGCGAAGAGGGAGAUGGAGAGGCAGAGGAGGAUGGAGAUUGAGGAAGAGGAAGAGGAGUGGAUCCGGGUUGCGAGGGAGACGUCGAUUGCCGUUUCUGCCGAGCAGGUUUAUGCUGCUACUCCUUCGAGCAGGGGGAGUUCGAGGUCGAGGGGGUAUUCGAGGGAGCCGUCGCCUCCGGGGUUGUACUCGUCGGGCUCGUCGUAUGCUGGUAGUGUGAGCUCUUCGAGGGCGACUACGCCCGAGGGUGAUGAUGAUGAGGAGGAGCAUGAUUUGGGUGUGCCGAGGGGAGGGGAGCCGUACAUUUACUCGGGACAGCAGGAUGGGUUGUAUGGUUCCGAGGUGGAGGUUUUGCCUUGCGUGCCGGAGAAGGAUGCGAUGUAUACUGUCCACUCGCACCAGCAGUAUACACGCAAGGUCGCAGCGAAGAAGCUGUUGCCGUAUGAGGUUCCGAGCUCGGGUCAUCAUGUGGUUGGGGAGGGGAGGGUGAAGAAGGGGGGGAUGAAGCAGAUGUUUGGGAGGAUGUUUAAUGGGGUUAGUGUGCGAUGA